AUGGCAUUUUUGUCAAUCCCAGCCCUUGUCUCUGUCAUCUUAAUUUUCAGGGGUGUAUCAGCAUUUGAAUGCAGAGUUGUGCCUGGUAAGCUGAGGCAGAUUGAUGCUGGAAUAGGCCAGGUGUUUGGAGUGAAUGACACCAAUGGUAUCUACACAUUAUAUGGCGACACCUGGACACAGUUACCAGGACAGCUCAAGCAUGUCACUGUAGGUCCUGCUGGAGUUUGGGGCACAGCAUCAAAUAACCAGAUCUACAAACUAAUAGGAGGACAGUGGGUGCAGGUGCCAGGUCUUCUAAAACAGAUUGAUGCAGGAGGAGACCAGUUUGUGGCAGGGGUCAAUAUGUUUGACCAUAUUUUCUGCCUUGGAAAAGAUGCCACAGUUGGUUUUGAAGGCCCGGGCAGUCCUGCGCCCUGGGUUAAUAUUCCAGGAGGACUGAAGUACUACAGCUGUGGACCUAUCAGCUGCUGGGGAGUGAACGUUCAUGACCAGAUCUUCAUUAGGAAGAAGGUGACACCUACCUCAUGUGCUGGCCCAGUGGACUGGGAACAUGUUGAAGGCUCUCUGUCAAUGAUUGAGGUGUCAACUGACGGCGAUGUCUAUGGUGUCAACUAUAUAGGAGACACCUAUGUCAGACAUGGAAUUACACACAGCAACCCAACUGGUACAGGCUGGAGCAACAUUGGCCUUUGCUUCAAGAGCAAACAUGUGUCCUAUGACCUGGGUCACCUCUGGGUCAUUACAACGAAUGGUUCCAUUAUGGACUGUGUCUGA